AUGGCUAUUUUUGGAACUAAUGAAUAUGAUUUCAAAAUGAUUGGCACCACAGUCACUGUACCAGAUGCUGAUGUUGCCAAAAUAAUGUACUAUAUAGAUUGUGUAUGUACCGUUAUUGAUUAUAAUGAUAAUAAUAUAAGUCGAUAUCGAAAUUAUUCAAAUUGGAGAAAUAUGUCAGAUGAUGAAGAUCGACUCAUUUUUCUACUUGCUUUAACACUUUCACCAAAAGAAUUAGAAAAUCGAGUCUUUUUCAAUAACUCAGCAUUAUGUCCUGAUGCAACUAAUCAAUUUUAUGAAAUUGGUCAAGUUCAAAAUCGUUUAAUGGUUGUUCAAUCAAUUGUUAUCGGUGGUCGAUCACGACAAGUAAAAAAAAUUAUGGUGUAUAAACCAAUUUGGAUGCAAAGAAAUUAUAUUGAACCAAUGCAACGAUUAGCAUUUCGAUUUAGUCCAGAAGGACAAAGACAAGAAGCAAUAUUGCGAUCGAUGGCUUGCAUUAUUUCUUAA